CGAUGCCGCACAUGGAUGCCGGCUCCAGGUUUAGCCCAGAAGAAGACGGCCCCCACUGAGGUCCCCUUGAUGAGCGGGCAGCUGGGCCCUGCCCAUGGGAAGAAGCUGGGCCAUCGGGGCGUGGAUGCUUCUGGUGAAACCACCUACAAGAAGACCACCUCCUCCACCCUGAAGGGCGCCAUCCAGCUGGGCAUUGGCUACACUGUGGGCAACCUGAGCUCCAAGCCAGAGCGCGACGUGCUCAUGCAGGACUUCUACGUGGUGGAGAGCAUCUUCUUCCCCAGUGAAGGCAGCAACCUCACCCCUGCCCACCACUUCCAGGACUUCAGGUUCAAGACCUACGCGCCUGUCGCCUUCCGCUACUUCCGGGAGCUCUUCGGCAUCCGGCCGGACGACUACCUGUACUCACUGUGCAAUGAACCCCUGAUUGAGCUGUCCAACCCCGGAGCCAGCGGUUCUCUCUUCUACGUCACCAGCGACGACGAGUUCAUCAUCAAGACUGUGAUGCACAAGGAGGCUGAGUUCCUACAGAAGCUGCUCCCGGGCUACUACAUGAACCUCAACCAGAACCCGCGGACACUGCUGCCCAAAUUCUACGGGCUGUACUGCGUGCAGUCCGGGGGCAAGAACAUCCGCGUGGUGGUGAUGAACAACAUCCUGCCGCGCGUGGUCAAGAUGCACCUCAAGUUUGACCUCAAGGGCUCCACGUACAAGCGGCGGGCCAGCAAGAAGGAGAAGGAGAAGAGCAUCCCCACCUACAAGGACCUGGACUUCAUCCAGGACAUGCCCGAGGGGCUCCUGCUCGACGCCGACACCUUCUCCGCGCUCGUCAAGACGCUGCAGCGCGACUGCCUGGUGCUGGAGAGCUUCAAGAUCAUGGACUACAGCCUGCUGCUGGGCGUGCACAACAUGGACCAGCAGGAGCGGGAGCGGCAGGCCGAGGGCGCCCAGAGCACCUCGGACGAGAAGCGGCCCCUGGGCCAGAAGGCGCUCUACUCCACGGCCAUGGAGUCCAUCCAGGGCGGCGCCGCCCGAGGGGAGGCCAUCGAGACGGACGACACGAUGGGGGGCAUCCCCGCCGUGAACGGCCGAGGGGAGCGCCUGCUGCUGCACAUCGGCAUCAUCGACAUCCUGCAGUCCUACAGGUUUAUCAAGAAGCUGGAGCACACCUGGAAGGCUCUUGUCCACGACGGGGACACCGUCUCUGUGCAUCGGCCCAGCUUCUAUGCCGAGCGCUUCUUCAAGUUCAUGAGCAACACGGUCUUCCGGAAGAACUCCUCCCUGAAGUCCUCUCCAUCCAAGAAGGGCCGCAGUGCCUUGCUGGCCGUCAAGCCCCUGGGGCCCACAGCCGCCUUCUCAGCCAGCCAGAUCCCCAGUGAGCGGGAGGACGCCCAGUACGACCUCCGGGGAGCCCGCAGUUACCCCACACUGGAGGAUGAAGGCCGACCUGACCUCCUGCCCUGCACACCGCCUUCUUUUGAGGAGGCCACCACCGCCUCCAUUGCCACCACCCUGUCCUCCACGUCCCUUUCCAUCCCUGAGCGGUCUCCCUCGGAGACGUCGGAGCAGCCCAGGUACAGGCGGCGCACACAGUCCUCCGCGCAGGACGGCCGGGCCCAGGAGGAGACGCGCGCUGGAGAGGACCUGCAGCAGGUCACGGUGCAGGUGGAGCCCACAUGCAGCGUGGGGGUCGUGGGCCCCAAGGAGGAGGACUCGGGGGUGGAGGCUUCCCCGGGCUGCGCCCCUGCCCCCGCCGCGGCCUCCGAAGCGGAAACCGCCAGCCAGGCCUCGGAGCCCGCCAGCCAGGCCUCGGAUGAAGAGGACGCGCCCGCCACCGACAUCUACUUUCUCUGGCAGGCGGCAGCUAGACGAGCCGGGUGGCCAGCGAACCUGCCCAGUCCAGCUCUGGGCCCCAGCACGGUCUGGGGCUGCCUCCCCUGGCCACCCUCCUCAGGGGUCAGACGGCCCCUGUUGCGGUGGAGAACUCGGCUGUCCUUGCCUGGCCCUCCACUCCCUGUGGCUCCUGGGGAAGUUCUCGGAUGGGAGGUACUGGAUUUACUCGCCCCGGCAUCGCCGGCUGCGGGCCGCCACGCUGAGCUCCUCGGGGACUCAGGGGCAGCCACCCCUAGGCGCACGCUGAGCCCUGAACCCCGCAGGGUGACUCCAGGGACCCCAGUGUCCAGAGACCACACACACUCCCACUUCCCAAGAGGUGACCCGCCUGUGACGAUUUCCUGCCCCUCUGAGGACCCACCCCGGUGCGCAUGUGAGGUGCUGGUUGCUGGCAUGGAGCAGAACGGAAGCCAUACCUUUGGGGAGAUUUCUCCUGGCCCUGGCUUCUCGGAGGAGCCUGAGAUAGCUGGAGAACCCGUCGGUCCAGGAGUUUGACUUCGUGAGCCCGUCUCAGCUGCCCAUACUCCCUGUCACCGCCGCACAGCACAGAGGCACCGUUGGCCUGGCUGCCGUCUUCCCUCGCUGGAGAACUUGCCCUCCCUUUCCGUCAGCACGGACAGUGCCUCGGCUCUUGAGCCGGGCUGCUGGGGACACUCCAGAAAGCAACAGGGGAAGGGGCCUCGGGGGCCACCCUUCAGAGGAGCCGCCCAGCACACCUGCAGAAUGCUGAGUGGAAGGAAAAUGACUCUCUCCUGCCGGGCUCACUUGCCCAGACCUGGCAAGCAUCCUGCUGGACUUCACACGGACGUCUGCAGGUGCCCUGGCUGGGUACCCAAGUGGUCAUUCUGUCCCUGCGCCAUCCUGCCAGUGGGGAAGCAGACUGAAGAGACAGAGACCUAACGGCGUGUCUGAACCCCAAGGCCUGACAGGGAGGCCGUGUCACAUAAACGCCUGUGCUGGGGUGCCCGCCUGGGCAUCAGAGACGCGGUGCACCCUGUGGCGGUGGCCGGCGCAGCAGGCACAGCCCCGGAGAGGUGGCUCGUGUGUACCCAGAGCUUGGGAAGACGGGACCACCCGUGCGGCAUCCCCAGGCCCCUUGGGCUUUCCUGGAUCAUGGAAGUGUCAGUUGGAUGCUGAUUUAGAGAAAUUGCAAGUCCCCCGAUACCAUGAUGUGUCUAUUUUUGUGUUAAGUCAUGAAGACCUCUUGAAGACUUAUCUUUGUGUUGGCCAUGUUUGUCCCUCUUCAGAAAACGCAACAGAUGCUAAAGUGCCCCUUGGGCCUCGGUCUGUGCCGGUGCAAGGCCUCCGCUGAUUCCUUUGAGGGUGGGAGUGCAGGCAGUGAGCUUCCAGGCGAGGAAGGCUUGGCCCACCCUGCUGUUGCCCCUGGGGUAGAAACCUGUACAUCUGUAAAUAGCCUUCCAGUCCUGGCUGCUGUGGCGUGGAUGUCUGAAUUGCUGUACUGUAAACGUGACAGGCGUUUCCUCAGACUGACAAGGUGGAGCCCUCGUGUGUCCUCUGCCUCCUCCCUCUAGCACCUGGCUCAGUGCAAUACUCCCCUACCGGUGGGGCCCUCGCCACGGUACUGUCUCUGCAGCCCCUUGGGCGCCCCUGGCCAAGCUCCCUCGCUGCAGCCUUUCCUCUGGUGGCCCAGUUGCAUUGCCUGCCCCACCCUCCUCGUUUUUUUAUGGCCGAACUGACUUUGAAACACAACAAAACUGCAAACCUUGUGUGUCUUAAUUCUCACGGGGGGCUCCAUGUGCUCGGCCCGUGGUCUGGUGUGUGACAAUCGGGAGCACAGCCUACUCGGGCACAGGACGCUGUCCUGCGCAGACCCAGAGCCGUGGCGCCUCUGUAACCUGCAGCCACUGCUGGCCCCCAAAACACUUGUAUGCAGCCCCGGGCCCUUGCCCCCCCCACCCCCACCCUCUUUUUACGUUGAGGAGACCUCUAAUGAAGAGACCUCUAAUAAAUCGGGUAAUGAGCA